AUGGAAAGAAAAUCAUUCUUGGAUCAAGAAGCUCCGGCAGGAUAUAUUGCUGGGUCAGCUAGAGGUGCUGUUGGGUUUAGACUAAACUCUAAUCCAGAUAGUUUCAGCCGAGGAGUAGCUGUAGUGAGUAAAGAAGAAGAAGAAGAUGAAAAUGAUGGCAAUGGUAAACUCGAAGGAGUCAUUGAUAAUGGUAUAUUAUCAGAGUCAAGAAGAGAUGAUGAAGAUGAAGAAGCAGAUCGAAUAUAUGAGGAAAUUGAGAAGAAAAUAAUUGCACGGAAAUCCCAAUCAAAGGUCAAGACACCACCAGCACCAACUGAAACCAAUAAUAACAAACCACAAUUUUCAGAUUUAAAAAGACAGUUAGCUAAUCUAACUGAAGAUGACUGGUUGAAUUUACCAGAACCGGGUGAUAUGACAAGAAGGAAUAAAAGAAUGAGAUUACUUGAACAACAACAACAAAGAAUGUAUUCUGCACCUGAUACAUUAAUUGCUGGUACCAAUUCAGCAUUAUCAAAUGGGUCAACUAAUUUCAAAUCCUUAUCAGAAUCAAGAGACAAAUUUUUAAGUUUACAAUUAGAUAAUCUACGACCAACUAAAGAUACUACGACUGAUACCCAACUUCAAGAAGCAAUAUUGAACAUGUCAGGAGCAGAACAAGAUGCCAAAUAUGCUGAUCUUCAAAAAUCUCGUACAAUUUUGUCAUCAUUACGUAAAACUGAACCAUACAAACCAAGUUCAUGGAUCCAAUCCGCAAGAUUAGAAGAACAAAAUAAAAAUUAUAAAUUAGCGAAGAAUUAUAUCUUGGAGGGUUGUAAAAAAUGCCCCAAAAAUGAUGAAAUUUGGCUUGAAAAUAUAAGAUUGAAUGAAUCAGAUUUGAAGCUUUGUAAGCAAUUGGUGAGUACAGCUUUGGGCUAUGUACCAAAAAGUGAACGUUUAUGGAUCAAGGCUAUGGAUUUGGAGAUUGAACCUUUUAAUAAGAGAAAAGUGGUCAUGAAGUCAUUAGAGAAUUUACCGAAUAAUUCACGAUUAUGGAAAUUAUUGAUUGAUUUAGAGACUGAACAAGAUAUAGUUAAGAAGUUGUUAGGUAAAGCGAUUGAAAUGUGUCCAUUGGUUUGGGAUUUCUGGUUAGGUUUGAUAAACUUGUCAAAUUACGAGGAAAGUAAGAAACUAUUGAAUCAAGCAAGGAAGAAAUUGGUUGGUGAUCCAAAUGUUUGGAUUGCUGCAUGUAAAUUAGAAGAACGUGAACAAGAUGUUGAGUUGACAAAAUUAAUCAAAUUAAUGGAUAAGGCUAUGAAAGAAUCAGCAUCAAGGAAUAUCACAAAAGAUGAAUGGUAUGAUUAUGCCAUUGAGGCUGAAAAGGAAGACUUUAAGAACACAAGUAAGGCUAUUGUAUCAAGUUAUUUGAAUGCAAAUAAAGCUAUAAUCAGUGAUACAGUUUUACUUGAAGAUGUGGAUAAAAUGUUUACCAAAGGUAAUGUCAUCAUCGGAAGGUCAAUUUUGGACUACAUCAUCGAUUCACAACCAAACGAUGUUUCGAAUUGGAGAAAAUUGAUAUCGUCUAUAAAGAAGUUCAACGAUUUAGAUGUGUUGUUUACAUACUAUAAAAAGGCAAUUGACUUGAAUCCAAAAGUAUCUUUGUUCUAUUUAAUGUUUGCAAAAGAUAAAUGGCAACUAGGAAAUGACAUACCGGAGGCUAGAUCAAUCCUAAACAAAGCUGCAAAAUCAAUACCAAAUGAUUUAUCAAUAAAGUUUGCUAUCAUAAAACUAGAUGUCAAAUCGGGUCAACUUGAAAUUGCCAAGUCAUAUAUUAAAUCAAUCAUUGAUGAUUCCCCAUUGGAAUCAGAAAAGUUUUGGUACAAAUAUAUUCACAUUCUUAGAUGCUUGAAAUCUAGUGACGUAUUAGAAGUGUCUCAAAAAGCGUUGAAUUUAUUUCCUGAUUGCUGGAAGUUAUAUCUUCAGAAUAUUCAGAUAUUGCAAGAUAUGAACGAACUUAAGCAAGCUAGAGAAGUUGCAUCACUUUCUGUCAAAAGAUGUAAUGAAAUUCCAGAACUAUGGAUUAAAUUGUCAGAAAUUGAUCAACAACUUGGAAUUACUAUUCGAGCAAGAGCAGUUAUUGAUCAAGCAAUGUUACAAAACCUGGAAUCACCAGAACUUUGGUGUUUUAAGAUUCAAUUUGAAAAGAAAAACAAUAAUUUAGUUUCUGCAAGAAAUAUUUCUAAUAAAUCACUAAAGAAAUUUCCAAAUAAUGCUAAUCUAUGGAUAGAAUAUUUAUGGUUAUUACCAAAAAUGUCACAACGUAAAACUGCUUUCCUUGAUGCAUUAAAAGCAACUGAUAAUUCAAGUCUGAUAUUGAUGAUUAUUGGGGUAUUCUUUUGGUAUGAUGGGAAAUACAACAAGUGUAAAAAUUGGUUUGAGAGAAGUUUACAACUGGAUAAUACUAAUGGUGAUGCUUGGGGAUGGAUGUAUAAUUACUUGAAGAAGUUUGGCACUAAAGAGGAAUUGCUCAAGUUUGUCAAAGAUUAUGAAUUGAAUUAUGAUGGUAUCAACAAAGGUAAGAUAUUCAAUACUAUCAAUAAGAGCAUUUCCCACUUUGAUAAAUCCCCGGAAGAGAUCUUGAAAAUUACUGCAGAUUGUUUAUUAGAUAAAUAA